AUGUGGUUCAAGGCGAAGACGUUUGACGUUGCAAAGCUGGGGGAAGCCCGUGUAGGGAGCGCCUCACCUGUUACCUGUGGCUGGAAAGUGAAAUGGAUUGUUGAGGCUUUUCAUAGAAUUUGUUGUGAUUUUACUAAUAGUAAAUCCACUCAUUUAAAAUCUAAUUUUUAUUAUUAUCAUUCUAUAAUUCUACAGGGUGAAAAGAUAGUCGAUGAGAGCGUGGGAGUUCAUUUUCCUGAGGAGUUGUACAAACUUGCAAGGAAGUCACAGCCCCAAAGGCUCACCUGGUUCAUAUCCCAGGUCCUGGACGAGGUGUCCCAGCUCCUGGAGGAGGAUCUGGACACGGUGGCCUGGGACGAGAAGAAGAUGAAGGACUUCAUGAGCACCCUGGACACACAACUGGAGGGCACUGAGUCAUGUGUCGUGUCUAAGAUGAAGAAGAGCAAAAGACUGAACCUGUACUUCAAGAAGCUGAGAAAUGAAACACUGGGGAAAAUGGAGGACGAGGCCCAGGCUUGGGAGCUGAUCAGGAAGGAGGUGCACAAGCAUCUGAAGUGGGUCGACCUUUUGGCCAGCACACGCCUGUAGUCUAAACACCCAGGCUUACCACAGCGGUGGGAAACCAUACUGAAGACGCGUUAGGACUAACAAUAUAUUCAGAGCUUUUUAGCCUAAAAUGAUUCUGCAAUAAAUUGUAAGAGCUUUUGCUUUUACAUACGAGAUGGUCAAGUUUACAUUCAUCAGGUGUUAAAAAAUAUUUAUUUUUGACGAACAAAGUUUAACUUAUUUUUUUAAAAUUCAGUUUUUAAUAUCAGAC